AUGGCUCCGCAAGACCGUUUGACGCAGGUCUCUUCGCACCUCAACUACCCUCAGGGAAUGCUUGCAGGUCAAGUGGCCAUCAUAACCGGAUCUGGUCAGGGAAUUGGAGCGGAAGCAGCAAGACUUUUCGCCAACGAGGGUGCUAAAGUUGUCAUCGCUGAUCUCGACAGCGCCAGAGCUGAAUCCGUCGCCAAAUCGAUCAAUGAUGCAUCCCCCAACCGAGCAAUUGCUGUUGCUGGCGAUGUCCAGGACGGCGCAUACCUGAAGAGACUCGUUCAGAAGGCUGCUGAAUUUGGAAACGGCAAGAUCCAUAUCAUUGUCAACAAUGCUGGAUUUACCUGGGACGGCGUCAUUCACAAGCUUACCGACAAGCAAUGGGAUACCAUCAUUGCUGUCCAUGCCACGGCUCCUUUCAAGCUCGUGCAAGCUGCUGCUCCUUACUUCCGUGUGCAAGACGGUGAACCAAGGGUGAUUGUAAACAUCAGCAGCACCAGCGGAAUCCACGGAAAUGCUGGUCAAGCAAACUAUGCAGUUGGCAAGGCAGGCAUGGUCGGCCUGACCAAAACCAUUGCUAAAGAAUGGGGACCAAAAUUCGGCGUCCGGGCCAACACCAUCGCCUUUGGAUUUGUUCUGACUCGAUUGACCCAAGCAAAGGAGUCAGGGGCCUUCAUCACCACUCCAGACGGCGAGAAGGUUGCUCUCGGCAUCCCCGGCUCUCAGCUACCUACCCAGACCAAGGAAUCUCAGGAAGCUUACGCUGAUAUUCCGCUCCGACGAGCAGCCAGUGCGACAGAGGCGGCGAGGUCCAUUCUUGGUGUUUGCAGCCCGCUGCUUAGUUAUGUCAAUGGACAAACCAUAAUGGUCACUGGUGGAAGAAAUAUGUAA